UGUUCAAGUGCUAUUUAUAAGAGGCUUCUCCACUCUUCGACACGCUCUCAUUUGCUCAAAGUCAUCCAUCCUCGUGCAAAGUUAUCGCAGCAAUGCUCUCUAAAUCGUCGUUCCUCGGUGUGUUUGUGGCGGUGGGGUUGGCCGUGGUCGUGGCACACCCACAACUAUUUGCCCUUCCAGACAAUUAUGACGAGCAUUCCGAGCAAGCCCAACCACAGCGAGUGGUUCAACAAGCUGAUCCAGCGAGUCGUUAUCGUCGGGACUCGCUCCCUGCGGCGGACCACGUGCAGGAGCAUCAUCACGGCUGGCCUCAGAAGGGGUGGGGCUGGCAGAAGAAGGGGUGGGGUGGCUGGCCUUCAGUCGGCCCUGUCUUCACGUACGUCCGCACUGAUGGGUGGUCAAACUUCCAGUGGGGAGUUCGACACAAAGUUGGCGGAGGGAAGGGCUGGGGCAAAAAAUAAUUAGUUUUUCAAUUUCCUAAACGUACUUUAGCUAGUUAGUGACGACACCUGUAACAUAAUUUCACCUAUUUAAUAAUGUGUGACCUUAACAUAAUUAGUGCAAUUAAUUAGCCAAUCCUUAUCAAGAGCUUGUACUGUACUUACCACGUAAUUAAUUAAUUGAUGAGAGCUGUACAAGUAGAGCUGUGGAAAAUGAGGCAACUUCCAUUGAGACCCGACGACAUGACAAUUUUAUCCCGAUUUUUUUACGACUGACGACGAAUUUUAUACAUAAAUUGACGAAUUGACGACCUUAAUAAAGUAUGAAAUCGAGUCCGAG